AUGGCCGUUUCCGCCCCGUCGCCAACCCGGCUUCUCUUGUCACUGUGUCUAUUUGCGGCCUUCAUUAACGCCACAGACGACACACUUUACCCAGAUCGUGUUCGAUCGCUUCGAACAAGUCCAACAGAACUUGAUAAGCUUAAUAUUCUACCAGAAGAUAAAGACUGGACAUUUAACUACUUCGCCCAUGAAUUCCACACCAACAGCCCCGGGGGCGUCGUCAACGCCAAUGCCGCAACUUUCCCAGCAACGGUUGGCAAUGGUAUGACCAUGGCUUGGAUCAGUCUUGGUCCCUGCGCUAUGCUGCCGCCGCAUUACCACGCUCGUGCUUCCAACUAUGUGGUUUCUGUCGAGGGGACUACCGAGACCUAUAUGACGCUGGAGAACGGGGCUCGGAUGGUGAAGACAACGUUGGCGCCCGGAAUGAUGACAAUCUUUCCCCAAGGCAGUCUGCACACGAUGCAAAACACAGGGUGCGAUAAUGCUACUCUGAUCUCGGCUCUGAGCUCAGAAGACGCCGGCACCCAUAAUGUCGCCAAUGGACUCUUCGAUCUUCCUCCAAGUGUAGUGGCAGCAGCGUUGGGAGGAAACCCGCUGUCAGCAAAGUUUGCACAGCUACGACGAGAUAUCCCGGCUGUCGGGACUGGUGCUGCGGUUGGCACCGCAGAAUGCCUGAAACGGUGCGAAGCUACUGGCUCGAAGUAG